AUUAAAUAUUGUGCUCUGUUUUCGUUCAAUUGUAACUGAAGAUGGACAGAAUUGAUGUUCUCUGCGUUUUUACAUCUAUUAUAGUUGGCAUUUUAUACACAACUAUUAUAAAAGCCCAGCGUGAAUCAUCUUUGUAUUGGUCUAAUCUUUCAGAUGUGGAAAAAGAAAUAUCAUUUCGCACAGAACAGGGUCUAUAUUUUUCUUACUUUAAAGAAUCGCUGUCAGUGAAUAAUAUUAUGGACGUUAUUGGUAUAUUGUCCCACAACAAUUUGACAGAGUCACCGAAAACUCUGAACAUUUUUCAACGCAUGAACAUUCUGCCUGAAGUGCUACUCCGUAUUAUGUAUCGGUGGUUUACCCAUAUGAAACCAAUCGAUUUCUAUGAGAAGGCUACAAUUUUACUACAAUUUUGGACACCAUUUAGUCUACUAUGUAUCAUACAGUCUAUAAGCAAUUCACUAUUGGAAACUCUACUAUUUGCAGUUAUUUUCUUGUUGAAUAAUCAUGCAAUAUCAAGAAUAGUGAUUGCAUUACCUCUGAGAGAAAAUUUCGCUUUACCAUUCUGGUGGUUACGUAUGUUAGCACUGAAUAUGAUAUUAAAACAAACAGAUACAACAAGAUCUCAAAAAGUGACAAUGUCAUGCGCAGUAAUAGUGUUCGCCCUAAGCACUUCCCUAUUCUGCAUGUUUUGGCAUUUUAGCCAAUUCGUUCUAUUAAUUGAAGUAAUCUUUAUGAAUGUAUUACAUUAUUUGGGAUUUUUAAACGAUGAACUGUGUCUUGGAUUAUCCUAUGGCAAUUUAUUAGCCCUUGGGCUAACAUGUUUCGUUCAAGCUGGUUCCCUUUUCCCAAUCACUUCACCGUGUGCAAUUAUUCUACUCACAAAUAUCCUUUUUAUUGAUGAACACCAGUAUUCACAGAACAGAAAAGAGAUCAGCCGAAUAUCAGGUCAAAAUCUCCAAUCAUCUAUUCGAUACACUGGUAAACUAUGGGGUCGAAUAGGCUUUGCGGUAGCGCUAUAUGGAUUAUUCAGUGUUUUCAUACCAAAUGAAGAUGCAUCACAUAUUCUACAAUUUCUUCUGCACAAAUUUCAUCUAUCUAAUAAAUGGGAUUUUGAUACAGCACUUUAUUUAUGCAGUCCAUCAUUUCGUCAUAUGGAUUUAGAAAAAUAUCAAAUGGAAAUACUCAAUUCAAAUCUAAUUAUACCUUCAUAUAUAUGUGGAAUAGUAAUAUUAACUAAACAAAUAUUAUUUCAUCUUAUUGGAUAUCAUAAAAGAAUUAGAAUUGAUCAUCUACCCAAAGAACCAAUUCAGAAAUCCUCUAUUACACUGUAUGGGUUUACAGCAUUGAAUGAAGAUAACCCAACAAUAAGAAUAAAAGCAUGGCAUUUAGCGUACAGUUUAAAUUUUGGAUUUCUUGCCUGGACUACACUGCGUAUGAAAUACUUAUGGACACCGCAUAUGCUGUUAUUAGCCGUGAUUGGUUUUAAACAAGCCCUAGUUUGCUGUUUAAAUCUAUUUGUGCAUACUUGUUGUCUCAUGUAUAAAUUAUAUCAUGUUUAUUGUGAUAAAUCAAAAGGUUUUCAUAAAAAACUGGAUAGAUCAUCGUAUUAUUAUCAAAAAAUUAUGAAAGAAAAUAGAAAAAUAAACACAAGAAUGAAAGUUAAUCAGACUGUAAAUAUUAUACUCAUAGUAUUGAUUAUUUCAAUUGCAUAUCAAGCUGUACGUGAAAUAUUAUUUCAAUUAAGUCAAUUAAGUGAAUUCUAUGAUCCAGAUACUGUUGAGUUAAUGGAAUGGAUCAAAAGUAAUCUAAACAAUCGAAGUAUAUUCACAGGUAGUAUGCAAUUAAUGGCAGCAAUAAAAUGUUGUACAUCUCGACCAAUAGCUAAUCAUCCACAUUAUGAAAACGCUGAACUACGGAGACGAACAAAACAGCUCUAUCAAAUCUAUGGAAGGAAAUCACUAGAUGAAGUAUACAGCAUAUUACGUAAUUAUUCAAUUGAUUAUUUCAUUAUUGAAACAUCAAUAUGCUUUACUAAAAGUACCGGAUGUCGUGAAGCUGAUUUAAUUGAUUUUGAAAAUAAUGAGUGGCCUGAUGCUUGGCUUCUUGGCAGCGGUGACGGCGACGGUAACAAGCAUAACAACAACAACAACAUUAAUAUGGCUAAAAUACAAACACCAUACAGAAUUUCUAAAGAAUUUGCAAGUCGACUUAAAAGACCGAAAUAUUUUCGUCGACGUUUCUGUACUAUACUAAUAAAUAGUGCUAGUAAUAAUAAUAAUAAAGUCAUUGGGAAAACAUCAACUAAUAAUGGUUUGCAUAAUUUUCGACUUGUAUUUCAUAAUCCAACAUUUUAUAUUUUUCAAGUUUUAAAGAAAUACUGA